AUUUAUCAAACCACGGUUGCAAAUAUGAAGCACUUCACACUCCGAACGCCGUAUCCUGUGCAAUGAAGUAUGCUUCACCAUCCCUCCCAGGUGGGAGCAAGUCUCUUGAUCAGAGAAGCGUUGCGAUAUCUCAUUUCGAAGACGAAGAAGCCCCUAAAAUCAUCGAGCCAGGAAGCUUGACGCACGGGAACUCGGAAAAGUUGAAAGGGGACAAUGACGAGCACCUCCAGGCCCAUCAUGACCUUCAAGGAGACUUGAAAGGUCACUUAUCUAGUCUCAGCCUGCAAGCACAGGCAGGCUUACCACUCGAAAAGCAAGGGAAGCAAUUAGCUUUGAUGCGAGAUCUAUUUCUUUAUUGGUGGCUGAGCGGGACAGUGAUAACAGGGGCGAUUUUGAUAGUCGUCCACACGGAAGCUGUAUUGCCCGUCCAAGCAAAUGGGGGAGAAUGGAUGGCCAUAACAAUAAUCGAGGCCGCCGUUCUGAUUUACGCCUCGCUUCUUAGCAAGCUCGUUGAUCGCAGCAUCAAGAUCUGGAGUAUGGAACAACUCGCCAAAGGACAAGGGAGUCUGGCUGUGCUAGGCUAUAUCCACUGUCCAACCCUGAAGCGCAUGGGCUUCCUCUCUAAGCUCUCGUACAGGAGUUUGCUCCGAACAAGGCUUCUAUGGAUAUCCUGGGUUCAAGUAUUGCUACUAGGUCUGCACGUUUUGGCUAUUGUCGCUGGGACUGGAAUCACUCUCGAAGAAAGUACCGUCACGGAGGCGGCUUCUUGCUAUGUGCCUGCUACGACGGGUGCCUCGCGGGGAUCUGUCACCGGAAUAAGCGUCUCGUAUGUCAGCGGAGCCGCGUCAUACGUUACAAGUUCAUCCAUGGGACACAUGAAGAUUGAUGGAUAUGCUCAAUCCAUCGGAAUCCUGGGGCCAGAGGUCGAUGGAUACUCCGGCGCUUUCAGCGUUUCCGGAAAAGCGGUCCUUAUGCUCAUGAACUCCACGUGCCAAUGCGGCGUUGGUUCGAUACGAAGCUGGCAAAUGAUGCAUGACGACGCAGGAACUGGCACCAAUCUCACGACUUCGGACCUUCCAAAUGUCAAUCGACAGGCGGGCUAUGGAGUUGCCCUCGCAAGCACCUUCACCCCGAAGUAUGAUGCCUCUGGCCGCCCGGAGUCUUUCGUGUUGAACCAGGAACUCUUCGAUGGGGAGAUUUGCGGAGGAGGACCCAGUCGGCUCCAAUGUCUCACGAUUUCCGGACUUUCGGUGGGAACUGCGACCGUCGAAUACAUGGCUAGCAAAGCAGGCAUCGCUCCCGCGAUGAAAGGCGUCACCACCAUUACGGAUUCACAUACAUCGUACCCGCCUCCCGAUGAUUUCGCGUCCGUCGUCAUGGCCUGGCAGCGGGCAUUGAACAGCACCGAAAUAAUGACGCGACUGAAGGCCAAUUCAGCUCCUCCACUAUUGUCAUGGAUGUCUCGAGAUGGCGGUCUAUCCAUUGCUCUCGGAUCGGUUGGAAUAGAUAUGCUGAAUAUGAUGCUCUUCAGGCAGGGCUAUGCUCUGACGGCUGCGGUAACUGUGGACAGUUGUGAAGUAAAGACUGCGGGAAGCGGGUCAAAGGUUACAACAAGCGGCGCAACUAUGUCGAUACUGCUUGUGCUGAUGGGCGCAACCUUUUCCGCCGGUAUAAUCGCUGUUUACAGAGCCUGGCGCUCCGAUCGAGACCCAACCCGGAUGGGCAUUUGCGGACGGAUUCAUGAUGACAUAGCAAUCCUCAUGCAAGCUUGUUCGCAAUCGGAAUAUCUCACCAGGAAGCUGGAAAGCAUGUGCAAUGCCGAAACUCCUGAGAUUUGGAGCGCUUUGGACAAUAGCAAGUUCGCGAUCGGCGAAUCGAUCAGUACGAUAGAUGAGGAGGUCGGGCACAUAACGAUUGGGUCUGCGAAAAUGAUCCGGCCGCUUCAAAUCGGCCGGCGCUACGCUGGAAAAAUGGUGCUUCCCAGUGCGGCGGAAUGACCGCCUGCUUCGUCAAAGGGGUGGACGAACCGGCACCAGCGCUGUCGGAACUACGGCCAUUUUGGCUCAAGGGUCCGCCCCACCCACCUCCGCUCCAGUAUCCACUGGGAAGCUGCUGCAUGAGUUUGUU